GGUUGAAUUAUUACUUCAUCUUGUUUUCCAACAUGGCGCCGUCUGUGCUAUGAGAUGACAACAUCGUAGUUUGUGUUGGAUUUGUCAUAAUCAAAAUUUGUUUUAGUUGAUAUUAAUUUAUCUACCUCAUAUGUUCAAAGAUAAUCGGUAAUUCUAACGAUAGUUACAUAAUCGUGCCACGCUUGUUAAAGAAUCAUCCAGUCGAUGCGUCCUUCUGUGAGAAAAGUACUUGGCUGCCGUAAAAAUGGCGGGUCUAUCUUUACUGAUUGUGUUUUCAUAUCAUUCAGAGAAAGUAAAAGAAUAGGCUAAAAGUGAUUGUAGUCUCGUAUUGAGUGUCAGUUAUAUUACGUAUAGUAGGACGGCAUGUUUUGUAUCUUGCUGUUUUGACAUUUGAAGAAGUGAUUGAUUCGGGAGAAACGGUGCAGGUGUCAUCGUUAUUAAUGAAAUUAUCAGUAUGUCGCGCUGGGGCAGAGGCCGAGGCGGCAGUGUGGCCGUGCCGCUUGAUAGUGCCCUGUUUAGAGAAAAUAGUAAUUGCCCGACGGCCGCUCGCUCAGCGGGCACGGUCGGGAAGUGGGGAAUCACAAGCUUUACGUCGAUUAGAAGCGCUCCUUACGCCUAUACUAGUAAUGUUCUUAAAAAGCCAGUCCAAGAUCAGAACAGUCCGCUGACAGUGCCUGCGGUGGAAACCGACCAACCCCCACCUAAACCUAAGAAAUUUUUCAAGUCGCGCAAUGCAGAGCCUUUCCCGCCUGUUCCUCAAAUUACAUAUGCACCACCAGUACCUGCAGCUCCAUUAUCCCCGGAGCACCCUUCGAAUAGCAAAGAAAAGAAAGCUACCAAAAGAAGUAGAGCGUACAACAGGGACUCUUCAUCACCAGAAUUGCCUCGACGGAACUCUGAAAAGGCUAAAGCUAGAAAAAAUUCUGUGGCUACAAAGGCUGCCAAGAAAGCUGAACCACAGCCUGAAAAUGCUCAACCUAGGAGUACACGGUAUUUGGUUCGCAAUCGUGAUAAAGUAAUUAACUAUGCUGAGGACGGCAGCAACAGUCCCAUUCCUGAGUUUUCACGAUAUGAAUCAUUAGCUCCGAGAGUAUCAUCACCAAAAACAAGCCCGUUAGUCUCAAGCCCUGUGCCCCCUAAAGUUGAAGUGGCCAGUCCCUCAACUAGUAAAGAAGUGGUGAGCCCCUCUAUUAGCAAAGAUGGUAAUGAAGAAAGAAAACCACCUCCUAUUGUACUAAGAAUAUCAAAGGGUACAUCGAGGAUAGUCAGUACUGAUUCUAAUGAAGGUUUCACAUCACCUGGUUCUGACAGGCAUUCAUCUAUGGACAUGCAUUCAGAUCUUGGUUUAGAUCACAAGAAGAGCCCAUCAGUGGAGACAAUAUGUUCACCAAAACAUGAGGGUCUUAAAAUCACUAUCAAAUGUAGUGGUCUCAGCCAAGAAAGCAAAAAAGAAAAGAAAAAGGAUAAAAAAGAACACAAGUCUCAUAAGAAACAUCACAAAGCCAGUAUAGAUGAAGAUGCCAAAAAAGCUACAUCACCAUUGCCUGGUUCAGACACAUAUGAUCUUUACAAGACCCUUGCCUCCCCAGCUCAUGAUAGUGACAAGGACAGAAAUAAAGCUCCAAGUGGGGAAGAUGAUAUUGAGUCUCAACUAGCAAAGCUCGAUUCCACUGGGUCAUCACAUAAAUCCCCUAGGAUAGAUGUGCUACCAACGGAGCCACCACCAGAACCAAAGCCUCCAGAGGGUGGUAGGGCCCGUCGAGCUAGGCAAGUCAUUAACUACAAUGAAAAUGAUGAUUAUUUGGAUAAAUUGACUUCUGGCCAUUCUAGCAAGCAAACUGUUAAAACAGUUGGUGACCUUAAAAAAGAAAGUAGAAGAGGGAGAAAGAAACAUGAGGCUGCUGUGCUAGAGGCUGCUGCAGCAGAGAAUGAAAGCAAAGGAGAAUCUCACAUAGAGAAGAAUGAUUUGAUUGAUAUAUUGUCAGGCUCAAAUGUUGAUGAGGGGAAAUCAGAAGUCAAGCACAAAAAACAAAAAGCUAAAGCAUUACAAAACAAGCACUCUAGCCCUGAUUAUGGAGCUGAGCUGUCUCAGGAGACUACACAUGAACAAGACGAGAACCAGCAUGAGCCUUUAGAAGAUGAACAAAUUGAAACUGCACCUGAAUCAAAUAUAAAUGACACAAGAAGUCAUUCACAACCUCCCACUCAAGCUACAGAUUCAGAUUACAAUAGUUGUCCAACUGAAUUCUCAGAGGAUGAUUCUCAAAAGAAUCAGCAGGAAGAUGUGUUUAAAUCACCGCAUGGCAUUGAUGAUGACCAUGUUGAAGAUAAACCUAGUGUGAAAUUAGUUAUUACCAAAAAAAAGGGUUCUAUAUUCAAGAGCAAAUCACUUGUUAAUGAUAAUCCAUCUCCACUACCAGCAAGGAAAAGACGCCAUCUAUAUAAACAUGAAUGGGCCAAUGAUAAAGGAAAUGAAACACCCCGGCCUGAGCAGCCCGAGAACACUGAAGUAAGCAACCCAGCUAGCCAGGUGCCCGAAGAGCUCACAAAAGUCACAAGGUAUAGGGCACCUGAUCCCAUCAUGGAUGACCCAACAUCUAUUGAAGCUGUCAAGCCCUAUACUAGUGUUAGGUGUGCUAAAGAAGCUAAAGAGUAUUAUACAGUAGUGAGAAAUGUGAAGAAAGCACAUCAAAUACAGGAGAUUGGAGAGUACCAAGAGUUUAAUGAUGAUGUGGAUUACCUUCUAGACGCAUUACAGGACAACAACCCGAUCUCGACGCGCUGCCUGUCCGCCAUCACGCUGGCCAGCAAGUGCACGGCGCCCGCUUUCCGCAUGCACCUGCGCGCGCACGGCACCGUGCAGAAGUUCUUCAGCGCGCUGCACGACGCAACCAACGACCAGAGUCUGGGCCUUUGCACGGCGACGGUCAUGUUCGUGCUGUCGCAAGACCGACUCAACAUGGAUCUGGACCGGGAGUCUUUGGAGCUCAUGUUAAAUUUGCUCGAAUCUGAUGUCUCACACAAAAAUGCGCUUGAUGACUGCGGGCUCACGUCUGCCCAGCUGGCGAAGACGCAGGAGCGGGUGCGGGAGCUGUGCGCGGAAAUCAAGAGCCAAGGGAAAGCCAAGCAUUUAGAUUUGGAUAAUAUCACCGUGGGUCACUUAGCCAUGGAGACGCUACUAUCACUGACGUCGAAGCGCGCCGGCGAGUGGUUCAAGGAGGAGCUGCGCGUGCUGGGCGGCGUGGACCACAUCGUGCGCACCAUCCAGGACUGUGCGGCGCGGCUCGAGGCGCCCGCGGCCAGCUGGAGCCCGGCCGACGUCGACGUGCUGAGGAAGGCCGACCGCUGUCUGCGCGUGCUGGAGAACGUAAGUACAAAGUGGUGGACAGAGAGACCACAGCGCGGCACCAUCCAGGACUGUGCGGCGCGGCUCGAGGCGCCCGCGGCCAGCUGGAGCCCGGCCGACGUCGACGUGCUGAGGAAGGCCGACCGCUGUCUGCGCGUGCUGGAGAACGUGACGCAGCAGAACGAGGACAACCAGCUGUACCUGGUGGGCGAGUCGCUGGGCGCGGCGCGCACGUUCUGCGCGCUGUUCCGGCGCUGCGCGGGCGAGGCGCGCGCCGCGGCCGGCCGACUGCAGCUCGCGUUGCUCGACGCCGCGCUGCCCGCCGUCAAAGUGCUCGUCAACCUGUCGCACUCCUUCUCUCCCAGCAACGUGUCUCCCGGAGCUCGUGUGAUAGGCGAGCAGCCGGGCGUGAUGGAGAUGUGCCUCAUCAUCCUCAACAACCAGGAGAAUUUCAUACCAGAUAGCAAAAACUUCGAGUUCAGUGUUUGUGUGUUGCUGCUACUCAUAAACCUGGUCCAGAACAACGAGGAGAACGCGAACCGGUUACUCAACGUUCGCAUCCGCGUCGACAGCGACGAGGACAUCAUCUCGCGCACCGUCUCUGCGCUGGACCUGAUUGUGGACCUCUUCUACAAGCGGGUCGACUUGGCCAGGAGAGCUGAAGAAAACACAGAUGCUUUGCUCGAUGGCGAAAAGGAAACUGAUGGGGAGACUGACAAGAAAAAACAACAAGAUGACAUCGACGAAACUGUAGCGAAACUGCUGGCGCGCGCGGGCACGCACAUGGAGCACACGAUGGUGGGCGCGUACACGGCGCUGCUGCUGGGCCACACGGCCGUGCUGGGCGCCGCGCACGCCGCCGCCGUGCGCCAGCGCGUGCCCAGCUACGCGCCGCUGCUGCCCACGCUCAACAAGUACUACAACUUCCUGUCGCUGACCGCCAGUGCCGAAGCGAUGAUAGUGGCGCACGUGAAGGCGACGCACGUGAUCAUCAAGUUCAUGGAGCGGAGCGACGCGGAGGCGGCGCCCGCCUACCCCGCGCACUACUACGGCUCGUCGCCCUCCGACGUGCCGCAGGACAUGUCGCUCAGCGGCCUCAACUACUGCCGCCCGCAGGCCGACCGCAUGUCCUCGUGAACGGGUGCCGGGGAACUUCCGGGGCCGACCCUUCCGUUUUGUCGGUCCCGAUGAACGAUGGUAAAUGUGCGUGCCCGAGAACGUUGAUACGUGCGGCGUACGGUUGUAGUGUGAAGCGUUGUGAAAAAGUUGAGUUUUAUUAGUUUACAUGACGGUUGUAGGGUGGAAAUAGAAUUAGUAUGUUCCUUUGAACGGUUCCGCACCAUAUUUUAAUCGUUACUUAAUCGACGUGUAAAUCGGUCCCGUCGAAUGGAUUUAAAAGCACUUUGACGAAUUUUAAGGAUCUUCGCUAGUUAAAUUUCCACCAUAUUAGAUUUUAUUAUAGUAGGAUAGCUAAAAUGUAAACCGCGUUGUUCCCCUGACGUACGUGUCGCCUGUGAAAUAUGAUGUUUCGGUCGUCGGUUCCGAUUUGAACGUUUGCUUCUUUAUUGACAAUGUUAGUUCGUGCGAUCGUCUUGUGUAAAUAGACACGUUAACGCCUGUAUAUUGUAAACCACUAGUACUAGUGUAUGCCAUUUGUAAUGUAACGAUAGGUGGAUUGCACACGGCUAUUAUACCUCAACUUUUUGUAUCGAUAUCUUUCCCUUCUCUGAAACAUCGUGUAAAUAUUCGCAGACAAUUAAGGUAUAGUUAGUUUACGUCUAUCAGGUAUGGGUUAUGGAGUCUUAAUUAAAUUGAGAUAUUCCGAGUUUAAGCCACCGAACUGGCAAUAUAAAAGUGCAAAAAUAGUACAGUAAGUGUCUAUUGAUAUCGUACUUCUGUCUGUGAAUAUCGUGUCCGCACUUUUUGUAUAAAUGAUACUCCGAGAGAGUUAGAGAUUUAUAAAUCAUCGUUCUGCUGAGGCACAAUCCUUAUUGUAAAUAGUUUCGACCGGUACCCAUAGUGCGGUCCCCGUCGAGUGAGCGUAGGCGCGGUUAUUAGAAAUGAAACUGAUGAGAGAGCUCGCCCCGCCCGGGCCGCUCGUCCGCGGCCGAGUUCGCCGGAGCCGGAGCCGAGUGGCGUCCAGGCCGCUCGUCCGCGGCCGAGUUCGCCGGAGCCGGAGCCUAGUGGCGUCCAGGCCGCUCGUCCGCGGCCGAGUUCGCCGGAGCCGGAGCCUAGUGGCGUCCAGGCCGCUCGUCCGCGGCCGAGUUCGCCGGAGCCGGAGCCUAGUGGCGUCCAGGCCGCUCGUCCGCGGCCGAGUUCGCCGGAGCCGGAGCCGAGUGGCGUCCGGGCCGCUCGUCCGCGGCCGAGCUCGCCGGAGCCGGAGCCGAGUGGCGUCCGGGCCGCUCGUCCGCGGCCGAGCUCGCCGGAGCCGGAGCCGAGCGGCGCUCGGCGCGGCGAGGACAAACAAUGUACAAACACUUGUCCUUAUUGCCCCCAAAUGAGAGAACGAUUAUUUGCUUAGAGGUAUUUAAGAGUAGGACGAUCUAUGAUGUUGGACUUUAUUGACUAGCGGGUAGGGCUAAGACGGUGAACGCAUGAUAUUAAUCUUUCUCCAUUUUUGUGUUUUUAGACUUCUUUUUACGAUUGACUGAUUGUACAUUAGAGCGGAAAUUGAGUUUUCCAAAAUUUGAUGUUUAGAUUAAUAUUUUUAUAUAAUAUCGAAUUGCUAAGGAGCACCGAUUACUUAAUUUUCUCAUCUUUAUUUGUACUAUGGGAGCACAUUUUAUUGGAUAAAUCGUAAAUCUUGAAUUUGAAGUAACGAAUCUACUUAAAUUUGUAACGUAUUUUAAUUUUCAAAAGAUGGCCUUAUUUUUUUUAGAUUAUCCAAAAUGCAUCAACAGAUAGAUUAUGAACGGAAUCUUGUUAUAUAUAUACAUUUAGAGGCAGUGUUGGCCAAACUUUAAUUAGAAUAGGGAAUAAUACGCGAAACUGCGUAGGGGGCGCCACUACCACAAUCCAUCAUAAUCUGAGGGUCUGCCGCGAAACAAGAAAAUUUCGUUAUCUAACCUCUAUAUCACUCUUACAGUCUUACAUAUUCGAGCGAUGGAGAGGCAGAUAGAUAAAUUUCGAUUUUCGCGUUUCCCGAUUGGCCCUUUGUAAACAAACCGCCUUGAUGCAUCAAUGUCAUAUUUAAUUAUCUAUGAAAACUUGUUAAAAAGCAGUUUAAGGCACAAUAUGCAUACGUUACUCUAUGGUUUAGGAAAGGUACUAGUGCUGCACUCUGGCGGCAGAAUAUUGCGGUAGUACUCCCUAUUGAAAUUUAUCCAUUACAAAUGUAACCGUAAACUAACCGUCCGUUACGAUUUUCAAUUCUAAUUCACGUUCGGCCAACACUGUAUAGAGGUUGGACUGAUGCCAAUGCACAUUCGUCGACUUCCUGCCUGAUCGCAGGCAGUGACCAGACCCGUUACGCCCUGUAUUCGACAGUUUGGCGAUAACACCACACAUGCCACUUUAUGAAUGAAUUCAUUCAUAACGUGUUCAUGCAAUUUUGCAGCUCACUGUACGUCGUUCGUGUACUUCCAUUGCUUCGACUAAAUCUGAAACUGACUUGGGCUGUAACCGCUCUGUUGUCACUAGCCGCCGGUUAUUGAUCGGCAGUGGUUGUCUGCCUGAGACUGCAUAUUGAAUUCUCGUACAAAGUCCACGUUUUACAAUAGCGAACAACUUUCAGGCAGACAAUCACCUCGAGAACGCGACUCAUGUGCAUUACCGUCAGCCAUGAGACAGCUUUAUUUCAUGUGUAAGGUGUUAUCAUUUACUAUGUGACUUACGCCGUGGCGGGAUCACUCCUCUUGGUAACGUUUUAUUUAACAAUUGGAGACUUGUUUGUUGUACAGAUGCCUAAAUUAUAUUUACGUAAUUUAUUGACCACAUGUAUGUAUUGUCUAAGAGUAGCUUUUAACGUGCAUUUCGUUAUGAAAUAUCACCUUUAUCACAUUUGGGUUUGAAUAUAGUAUGUUGUUUUAGAGUACCACGAGAGUUUGAUAUCUUGAGAAAUUAUUAUUGUAUAUGUAAUGUGUAAUUAUGUUAUAAAGUAUUACGUGUAAUUAUUAAAACGAGGACGAUUUAAAUAA